GCCCCGCGGCGCGGCCUUCUCUUCCGGCAGCGGGGCGGCGGAGGUGGCGGCUGCGCCAUGGCCAAGUCCAAGAACCACACGACGCACAACCAGUCCCGCAAGUGGCACCGCAACGGCAUCAAGAAGCCCCGUUCGCAGCGCUACGAGUCCCUCAAGGGGGUGGACCCGAAGUUUCUGAGGAACAUGAGGUUUGCCAAGAAGCACAACAAAAAGGGGCUGAAGAAGAUGCAGGCCAACAACGCCAAGAACGCCGCCCUGCAGAAAAAGGACUGACGUGGCUGAGGGCAGAGCCGGCGCGGCCGUCGGCGUGUGCGUCACGGUGCUUUUGUACAAAUAAAAUGGGACGUAAAAGA